AAAUGUCUUGAAGGCUACCAUGAAACAUAACAACGGUCAUUUCUGGGAAAUGUGAUUGAGAGUCAGGAGGGAGAGAGGCUUUUAUUUUUUGCUUUGUACCUUUUUAUAGGUUUUUUUUUUUAACACGUGUUUUGUGUGUGUGUGUGUGUAUUUUUUUUUUUUUUUUUUUAAGACCGGGUCUUGCUUUGUUGCCCAGGCUGGAGUGCAGUGGCGCAAUCUCGUCUCACUGUAGCCUCGACCUCCCGGGCUCAAGUGAUCCUCCCACCUCGCCCUCCUGGGACUUCAGGCGUAUGCCACCACACCGAGCUAAUUUUUGUAGUUUUUGUAGAGAUGGGGUUUCACAUGUUGCCCAGGCCCAUCUCGAACUCCUGGGCUCAUAUAAAAUUUUUUUCAAAGUAAAAUUUUAAAGGUAUACCACCAGAAGAAAUACCAGAAGAAUAAAGAAAAAUCCACUGAAACAUUGUGCCGUAGGCGUUGUGGGCCCUGCAGUCAUUGGCUUGGGGAGGAGAAAGGGCCCCUUACCAGAGUGAGCAAAAGCCUGCUUCUAGUCAGCUCCUCUGCAGUCCUAAAUGGACAAGAAAGCAUUUACUCAGCCUGUGUCAUCCAGAGCUGGCAUUUUGAUGUCUGGUCCUUUACCAAAGGGCACAAGAGAGUAUGUGAAUAGUGGGAGGUUCUUUCCUUUCUGUUCUGGUCUUGACCGUCAGCUGUCCUUACUCUUCAUCCUUUUUGUGCUAGUGUCUAUUCUAACCCUUUGCAUGCUGCCAAACUCAUAUGAACAUUCCCAUUGGUUCCUGUGAGGAGGUACUUUGAGUUUCAUCAGCUCUCACCAGGUUGAAGCCCACCAUCGCUAGUUAGCUUGUGUGUGUGUCUGUCUGUGUACAUGCAUGUGUUUGUGUGGUGAGGAGGGCAUUCUGAACCUCCUGUGUUUGGGAACCAAGGUGGAGUGUUAUUCAAGUAUCUCUUGCCUGCAAGAGAACAGAAGAAGGCAGGAGAGAGAAGUAAGCAGGUUUGCACUGUGGUUUGUUGAGACCUGUAUAAUCAGGCAACGCAAGUACUGCUGACUGCUGAAACACCAGUGUGUUUUUGUUUCACAAAAACUGCUUGCUUUGUGGUGUGCCCUGCCUGCCACAUGCUGCAGAUCUCUGUUGCUUUUUUGCCUAUGCUCGUUCAUGCUGAUCCAGACUGGGAUACCCAGGACUCUUUGGGUCUGGAGGGGAUGCUGGAGGAGCUAAGGUUCAGGCUGUCUGGAACCUCAGGUGCCAUGUUCCUUAUAACCACUGUGGUCUGAGCCCUCUGCUUGCCUGUUCCAAGCAUGAAGGCAGGGAGCCCCUGUGCCUGCAGGAUCCUGAGUCUGGAGUCCAGAAACACAAGGAGAGCCCUUCUCUGAUCCCUUACUGGUGUAGCACCAAGCACUGGGACUGGAUUUUUCUAGUGGUACCACAUUUGAAUUUGACAAGUUGCUAUGUAUCCCCCCAAUUUUUUGUUUUUGUUUUUUUUUUGAGAUGGACUCUUGCUCUGUUGCCCAGGCUGAGGUGCAGUGGUGCGAUCUCGGCUCACUGCAACCUCUGCCUCCCGGGUUCAAGCAAUUCUCCUGCCUCAGCUUCCUGAAUAGCUGGGAUUACAGGUGCACACCACCACGCCCGGCUAAUUUUUGUAUUUUUACUAGAGACAGGGUUUCACCACAUUAGUCAGGCUGGUCUCGAACUCCCGACCUCAUGAUCUGCCUCGGCCUGUCAAAGUGCUGUGAUUACAGGCGUGAACCACCGUGCCUGGCCAUGUUUUUGAUUUUUUUGUAGAGAUGGGGGUGGUCUCACCAUGUUGCCCAGGCUGGUCUCGAACAGCUGGCCUCAAGUGAUCCUCCUGCCUUGACCCACCAAAGCAUCAGGAUUACGAGAGCGAGCCACCACACCCAGCCUGCUAUGUAUCUUUUUUUUUUUUUUUUUUUGAGACGGAGUUUUGCUCUUGUUACCCAGGCUGGAGUGCAAUGGCGUGAUCUCGACUCACUGCAACCUCCGCCUCCUGGGUUCAGGCAAUUCUCCUGCCUCAGCCUCCUGAGUAGCUGGGAUUACAGGCACACGCCACCAUGCCCAGCUAAUGUUUUGUAUUUUUUUAGUAGAGACGGGGUUUCACCAUGUUGACCCAGAUGGUCUCCAUCUCUUGACCUUGUGAUCCACCCGCCUCGGCCUCCCAAAGUGCUGGGAUUACAGGCUUGAGCCACCACGCCCGGCCACUAUGUAUCUUUUUAAAGUCAAGUUUUGGACUUCUGCUUCCGGGUCACAGCCAUGGCGGUGGCAAAUUCAAGCCCUGUUAACCCCGUGGUGUUCUUUGAUGUCAGCAUUGGCGGUCAGGAAGUUGGCCGCAUGAAGAUCGAGCUCUUUGCAGACGUUGUGCCUAAGACGGCCGAGAACUUUAGGCAGUUCUGCACCGGAGAAUUCAGAAAAGAUGGGGUUCCAAUAGGAUACAAAGGAAGCACCUUCCACAGGGUCAUAAAGGAUUUCAUGAUUCAGUGUGGAGAUUUUGUAAAUGGAGAUGGUACUGGAGUCGCCAGUAUUUACCGGGGGCCAUUUGCAGAUGAAAAUUUUAAACUUAGACACUCAGCUUCAGGCCUGCUUUUUAUGGCAAACAGUGGUCCCAGUACAAAUGGCUGUCAGUUCUUUAUCACCUGCUCUAAGUGCGACUGGUUGGAUGGGAAGCAUGUGGUGUUUGGAAAAAUCAUCGAUGGACUUCUGGUGAUGAGAAAGAUUGAGAAUGUUCCCACAGGCCCCAACAAUAAGCCCAAGCUACCUGUGGUGAUCUCACAGUGUGGGGAGAUGUAGUCCAGACCAACACUGAUUCAGGCCUUCCCUUGCUCUUGGUGGUGUUCUUGAGUAAGAUAAUCUGGACUGGCUCUCGUGUUUGCUUCCCUGCCUGCUGCUGCCCCAUUUGAUCAAGAGACCCUGGAAGUAUCAGAGAUUCAGAAUCCAAGAUUGUCUUCAAGUGUUCAUCUGUAAAUAAAGUUUUUUUUUAUGUGUAAAAAAAAAUAAAGUCAAGUUUUGCAGUGAACAAUUUCAGACAUUCACAAAUGUGGAGACACUGGUGCAGUAUCGGUGAGCAGAUUGAACAUCUUCAAGUUUUGCUGCACUUGCCCAUCUCUCACUUUUUCUUCUUCCCUUUCUCUCCCUCCCUCCCUCCCUUCCUUUUUCAUUGUUUUUGCUGAAGUAUUGGAAAGUGAUCUGGACCUCAUGUCACUUUACCUUUCUGUAUGGAGUAAGUCUGCUCUAAAAAGUCAGCUUGUGCUUCUUCAGGGACAGGUGCCUGCCUUUCAGGUGUUCAUAGAAAUGACAGUACAGGAGUCAUCGAAGACAUCAUCAUGUUCAGUCAGGGAUCCACCCUGUUGGUCACCCUAAGCUUGAUCCCUGUGGCUCAUGGGUCUUUGCAGGUGUAGAACUCAUGGCUCAUGCACACUGGAAGUGCUGGCACUGAAGCAGGCCCCUCCCACUGACCUGGCCCUCUGCUAACAGACACUACCUGAGACUCAGCUUAGGGUCCUCACCAUCUUCCCAGUAAGCAGAAUGCAUCUUCCAAGUGCUAUGCUCGAGGCUGCAAAUUGGUGAGAGGCUCUGUCAAAGGGCAGAGAUGUAGAUCCAGUCUGCCUGUGCUUAUUACUCAUUCAUUCACUAGACAUAUAUUGAUUAGUAUAUAUGUAUACCUUGACUCUACUUUUUUUAUUGAUUAGGAAAUUUAGGCCCAGAGAAGUGAAUGUUAGAAAUACAAUCUUGGCCAGGCAUGGUGGCUACCACCUGUAUUCCCAGCACUUUGGGAAGCUGAGGAGGGAGGUGCUUGAGCCGAGGGGAUCUAGACCAAUGUCAACCACAUAGCACGACCCCAUCCCUAUAAUUAAAAAAAAGAAAGUAGCCUGGCAUGGUGAUGCAUACCUGUAGUCCCACUACUUCGGAGGCCUAAGACUAGAGGAUUGCUUGAACCCAGAAGGUUGAGAGGCUGCAGUGAGCCGUGAUAACACCACUGAAUUCCAGCCUGGGCAACAGAACAAGAAAAAAGAAAGAAAUACAAUGUGUUAUACUUGGUUUUGCUCAAGUUUAACCAUAUCACGCCUACACCCGGUCGAGCCUUGCCUUCCCAAUGACAGCAACAUCCUGCAAGUGGCCCUUUGCUGUUGACCAGGUACCUUCCAUCUGAUCCUUAGAUUCACGGUACUUGUUGAGCUCAAACAUGAAUCUUAGUUCCAGAUGGCUGGAUCUUGAUUAUACAUUGUGUUUAAAGACUUUGGAGCUGGUAAUCUUCCAUGUUUAUUCAGUUAUUUAACAUAAACUUCAUGCCCCAGAGUCUAAAAACAAUUUUAAGGGAGAAAAAAAAGCACUGUACAGGUCAUCUAAUAGAAAGCAUGAAUUCACAGAAGGAACUAGAUCUCUCUCCAUUCCCUACAAUUCUACAGAUAAAUUUGGUGCCUGGCAAAUAGUAAGUAGUGUUUGGGUGACUUUGAUCUUAGGUCUUUGUGUGGUUACAGCAGAUUUCAUUCAAAAGUUCCUAAAUAAUUUUUUCUUUUUUUUUUUCUUGACACGGAGUCUCGCUCUGUCACCUAGACACAGGCACACAUGAUCUUGGCUCACUGCAACCUUGACGUCCCGCGUUCAACUGAUUCUUGUGCCUCAGUCUCCCGGGAUUACAGGUGUGUGCCACCAUGCCUGGCUAAUUUUUGUAUUUUUUUAAUGUUUGUAUUUUGUAGUUUUGUAUUUUUAGUAGGGUUUUACUAUGUUGACCAGGCUGAUCUUGAACUCCUGACCUCAGGUGAUCUGCCCGCCUUGGCCUCCCAAAGUGCUGUAAUUAUGGGCGUGAGCCACCAUGCCCAGGCUUUGUAAUCUUUAAAACCAUAAUAGCAGGUCUCAUUGUGAAGCGAACACCUCGCCUCCCACACCUGAUUAGUUCGUUUUUGCAUGAGUCUGUUACUGAUGAGAGUCAGCUGUGGAUGGUGCAGCCUACAGCGGUGGACCUGUGUUUGCUGAUUUAUAUUUGUGACUUCUGUUAGGGUAAGAGCCAGCCAGUCUCAGUAUCACAGAACCUUCCAGAGAUGUUGCCUGGAACUCUGAGAUUGAUGCGCUGGCCUUUUUUCACCAUGUGCUUUUUCUGACUUUCAUCUGAAUGUCCUUCCUGGGGUGGGAUGCAGCAGGAUUGGCAUGGGCUGCAGUGGGAGUGGACAAGUAUGAUAUAGAGAAGGGACCCCAGCUCUUAGGGUUGUUUCAGGGAAGAAUCAGAUAGUUGCUACUGGUGUAUGGCCUACUUCUUCAGGGACAGGUGCCUUCAUGAAGAAAAGACAAGUGUUUGUUGGUCUGUUUGGCUCCCUUUUUACAUAAAACACAAGGGCAACAUCCUCAUGUAGAACUACUGUCCCUUCCCAGAAAAGCAUGUCCUGCCUUGAGACAGUGCCACUGUGCACUGACCCACCAGAACUGCCCCAUGUCUGCAGUGGUCCUAUGUUUUUUUUUUAAUCAAAAAAGAGCAUUUUCUCCAUAUACUGAAUGUUUCAACCAAGGACUCUUGCAAGUCACACCUCUGGACCCAUGUCAUCUCUGCUAUCACUAAAAAAAAAAAAAACGAAGCAGAACUAAGAAAUUAGGUGACCUGGCUAAUACUACAUGAUUAAGGGAUAGCUGUGCAAAGUCUGGAGAAUCAGUCUGGGAUUGUCUAUAAAAUCUCACUGUGUGUGUAUUUGGUGUUUGCUGCAUGUGAUCAACCUUGGCCCUCCCGUAAGGAGCUUUACUAGUGGGGAAAGGAAAGAGGGAAACGAAUCAUUGUCAUGAGGUCUGAAUGAUAAGACUCUGUCCAGGCCUAGAAGUGGCACCGAGGAGGGAAGGAUUCACUGGGGUUUUAAAGACUGAAGAGAGGGUUCCCAGGCAGCAGGGGAGGAGGGAUUCAAAAUUCACUGCAGACCCCUUGCCCCUGUGAUGGGUGGGCAGAUCUUGUUCUCAGAUUCUUAUGAAUGGCCCCUGCUCUGCUUUACCAAAUGCUUUGACUUUAGCAGAAUUAUUGGUUAGUCUUGCCCAUGGGGCAGUCUAGCCCACUGGUUUCAAAUUCCAAGUGGUGACAUCUCCAUUUUAAAACUUACAUUUUUAAUAAUAAAGGAAAAGACCUCAAAGAUAGGCAAAGGAUUUGAACAGAAAUUCCUCCAGAGAGGCCAGUAUGUACAUGAAAAUAGGUUCAACAUUGGGGAAAUGCAAAUCAAAACCACAGUGAGAUACUCCUUCACACACAUUAGGGUGACUGCUAUUAACAACAGCAACAAAGGAAAAUAACAGGUGUUGGCCAAGAACGUGGAGAAAUUGGAGCCCUGGUGCGCUGUUGGUGGGAGUGGAAAUGGUGUCAGCGCUGUAGAAAGCAGUGUGGGAGCUCCUCAGAAAGCUACACAUUUACCUUGUGAUCCAGCAAUUCCGCUUCUACGUAUACACCCAAAGGGAUUGAAACCAGGCACUCAAACAGGUACUUAACAAACCAGUGUUCGUAGGAGCAGACUUUUGAGUCACUAUAACCCCAAAAUGGAAACAACCUAAAUGUCCAUUGGCAACUGAAUAAGAAAAAUGCAGUGCCUACAUACAGUGGAAUAUAAAUCAGCCUUAAAAAGGAACGAAAUUCUGACACAUGCUACAACAUGGAUGAACCUAGAAGAUGCCUUACUAAGUGAAAUAAGCCAGACAUGAAAGGAUAAAUACAGUCAUUACUGCAUAAGGAUGUUUCAGUCAGUGAUGGACUGAAUAUACUGCACUUGUUCCAUAAGGUUAUGAUGAAGCUGAAAAAUUCCCAUUGCCUAGAGCUGUCAUAGCCAUCAUAAUGCAUUACCUUUUCCAUGUUUAGGUGCACAAAUACUUAUUGUGUUGUAAUUUUCUGCAGUAUUCAGUACAAUAAUUCUGUACAGGUUUGUAACCCAGGAGCAAAAGGCUAUCCAUGUAGCCUGCAUGUGAGGUAGGCUACACAAUCUAGGUUUAUGUGAAUUCACUCUGUAAUGUCUGCAUAAUAACACAACUGCCUAACGAUGCAUUUCUCAGAGCAUAUCUCUGUUGCGAGGCUAAGCGUGACUGUUUGGUCUUAUUCUACUUAUACGAGGUAUCUAAAAUAGAUUCAUAGAUGCACAAGGUAGAGUGCUGGAUGUUGGGCUGAGAGAGGGAAGAAAUGGAGAAUUAGUGUUGAAUGGGCACAUUAGUUUUGGAAGAGGAUAAGUUCUGGAAAUGGAUGGUGGCGAUGGUUGCCCACGUUGUUAAUGUGCAUAGUACCCCUGAGCACCACUGUCUGUGCCACAGGGCUGAGCAGGGCAAAAGCUGGACCCACCGGCCUCACACCAUCCUCUGGGCUCGAGCCCUAUCUUCCUUCCACCUCUCAGCCUGCUCACCCAGGCCCAGCUAUAGGCCUGCCUCCCUCUGGAAUCUUUCCUCACUGUCCCAACUAUGGCUCCCUCAUCUUCCUCCAACCUUUAUUAAAUUGGAAGUCAUUAUUAUCCAACUAGACAAUAAGCUUUCUGAGGCCAGGGUCUGGCCUAUUCUAAUUUUUUUUAAGUCCUGACAGUUGCC